AUGUCGAGAUCCUCCCGUGGCCCCCCUCCGGCUUCGUCUGCCCCUCAGAGCGGCCGCUCCAACGAGUACUUCGUUCCGAGAGAUGGAAUUGAUCGCGAGGUCAUCACCGCCGAUAUUUGCCGCUACCUCGGCAACGACGCCCUCGUCCGCCCGGGUCACUACGAGAACCCCCAGACCGGACAAGUCUCACAGGGUUACUACAUCACCGCCUACCGAAACCUAACAACAGCCAUGAUCGACGACUUGAAGGCCGAUUCUGCGCGAUGGGAGGCAGAGAGGCGGCAGCAGGCCGCCCGGAAUAGUUCAGGAGGGUACCGCCAGUCGGAGACUCACUCCGCACGCCAACACUAUGGUCCCACGGAUUCCACUGGCUACCCGGACGUAGGACGUGAUUCCUAUGAAAGCACCCCUAGAUAUCCAGGAUCUCAAGCCCCAGGUUACUCGGGGAACUCUGCCCAGGGCUACUCUGGAUCUACCCCUUCCUAUCAACAGCAGCCUUCUUCUUCUUACUCAAGUGGUGGGUAUCCCUACUCUGGACAGCCAGACCCAAGAGCCGACCCCAGGUACGCUGGACAGAGCCAAAUGGGACAAGGAUACGGUGAACCCCCGUACAUUGCUACGGCCGCGAACAUGGCGGCGCAAAGAAACUACCCCGCCGACCCCUACGCAGGACAGCCCUCUCGGACUCCUACUUCGAUGGCGCCUCCGCCAGGAGGGCCGGCUUACUCUUCCGGAUCACAGGUUCCGGCAGGAUAUCCCACAGGUUACUACCCGCCUUCGACGUCAGCCUCGUACGGUUCCACGCCGGUGGCUUCUGAUCCGAUGUACGGACGCGGUGCGUAUACAGCUUUGUACCCCAACCCAACUUCUUCGACCGAAUCUAAUUAUGUAGCGUCCCCAGCAGGUGGUGUUGCUCACCCGUCUCUUUCUGGCCAAGGAGGAUCACAGUAUGAUAAGCCCCCUGCACCCCGUGGUUCUGCUCCUCCAUCGAGUUCCAAAGCUCAGACGACAAGUAGUGGAUCAUCGCACUCUCGCCGCAGCGAAAGGGAUUCCGACAGGCAUCACCAAUCCGACCGCCAUCGCCCCCCGCGUCGCUAA